GACGCUCUUCAACGUCUAUUCAUUCACGAAACUUCAAUCGACUGUGUCGUGUGGAAGUUUCGUCGUUGACAAAUUUAAAUUUAACCGGCAAGGUAACUCAUCUAUUCGAUUCCAAACAGACUUGUCGAUUGUAUCAUACUGUUGAACACUUCUUUGUGAACAUGGAUUGCGAAGCAACAAGGAUUCUUCAAGUAUCUCUGUCGAAAAUAACGGACUCUCGCCGUCGGCGUGGCGGUCCUGUACUACGACGUAAUUUAUUAGUUUCCCACGUCUUAAACAACGUGUUAACGUCGACAGACUCAGCUUAUUGUACGUACAGAUCCAAAGUGGAGAUAGACAUGGACAUAGAUGCUGUUGAGAACGAGCUUGUACCUUUUGAAAAAUCGAAAAUGACGCCCAAUAACCCAGGUGGACCCGACGCAGGAAAUGCGAGACAUACAGUACGUUCCGCGGCAAAAUCAAAUGGUAAAGUCUCGGAAAUGGAACAUAGUAUGCUUAGCAUCGACAGGAAGGAAAGCGUGGAGCUUGUGAACUCUGCUAAUGCCUUAAAAGGCGGUAAAGAAUGUGAUAAAGCUAUGAAACCUGAACUAAAGUGUGUCUCAGGUUCGAAACGGCCGCGAUCUUCAGCGUAUGUUAAUGAACCUUGUGACAGCCACGCGGUUGACAACAAACGUUUGAAAACUGAAAGGAAUGAACAGCCAAAAACGGAACUCUCUUAUCAAGAACCUAUGGACAUAUCAGGACUUGUUAAUGUGUUCAGUAGUAGUUUUUCUGGACUAUCUAGUAUUCCUAGAGCGACUCCUUCGCUUGGGUCAAAAUUGGACUCCUUUCAAUAUCUGUCCCCCCGUGUCCAACCAGUCGGCGGUGUAUUCGGCUGGUCGCAGACCAUCGUUGAAGCGUUUUAGAUCUGUUUUCAUUCAAUAGUUUCGCAUUUUUCUUGUUUCUACAUAUUUGCCUUUGUUUAUUGCUGCUCUGCAACUACGGGCGACCGUUUGUAGCCAUGCUCGCGCAAAUGUUUUGGUUAUGAUGAAGUCAACUCAUUUAUAUCUUACGUAAUGGCUUUUGUGAUAGCGAUCUAUGAAUGUUUGACCUUUUCUACUAAAGUAAAAGCAAUAGUAGUUCAUAUGAUCAGAUGCUCUCCUCUGUCUGAUGCGUUAUAUUUUUCUAGUAUUAAGGGUUGAAAGUCGCUAAUUUGUAUUCUGACCGUUUUGUAAGAGUUCAGUAAGUUUGCAUGCCUUUCCCUUUGGAAAGUAUUUUCUCAAAGCUGUGAACGUUUUUAUAGCAUUAACUCAGUUGACUUCGCUUAUGGUAUUUUUUACCCAUCUGUCGUAGGCGAAAAUUGUCAAAGAUUUGCUGAAUGUGUACAAAUUGGUGGAAUAUGUCUUGGCAAGCUGCCGAGGUUUGAUAACGAUUGUGUAAAUAACAGAAUUCUUUCCAUUAAUGUAUAAGAGAGAGAAAUAUUAUAUAAAAAUAAAUUUUUCAAAGAAUUA